AUGAUAUACGUUGCCAAUCAUGCACCCCAAAGCCAGCCAUAUGGUCUGGCAGCAGCAGCACUGCUCGACCCAGAGUGUGACCGCGACUGUUGGCGCUCUGUCUCCCGCGCGCCAACUCGCCGGGGCUCUCGCGCGCCAACUCGCCCGGGCUCUCGCGCGCCAACUCGCCGGAGCUCCCGCGCGCCAACUCGCCCGGGCUCUCGCGCGCCAACUCGCCUGGGCUCUCGCGCGCCAACUUGCCGGGGGCUUUCGCGCGCCAACUCGCAGGGGCUUUCACGCGCCAACUCGCAGGGGCUCUCGCGCGCCAACUCGCCGGAGCUCUCGCGCGCUAACUCGCCGGGGCUCUCGCGCGCCAACUCGCCCGGGCUCUUGCGCGCCAACUCGCUAGGGCUCCCGCGCGCCAACUCGCCUGGGCUCUCGCGCGCUAACUCGCCGGAGCUCUCGCGCGCCAACUCGCAGGGGCUCCCGCACGCCAACUCGCCGGGGCUCCCGCACGCCAACUCGCCGGGGCUCCCGCACGCCAACUCGCCGGGGCUCCCGCGCGCCAACUCGCCGGGGCUCCCGCACGCCAACUCGCCGGGGCUCCCGCACGCCAACUCGCCGGGGCUCCCGCACGCCAACUCGCCGGGGCUCCCGCACGCCAACUCGCCGGGGCUCCCGCACGCCAACUCGCCGGGGCUCCCGCACGCCAACUCGCCGGGGCUCCCGCGCGCCAACUCGCCGGGGCUCCCGCACGCCAACUCGCCGGGGCUCCCGCACGCCAACUCGCCGGGGCUACCGCGCGCCAACUCGCCGGGGCUACCACGCGCCAACUCGCCGGGGCUCCCGCGCGCCAACUCGCCGGGGCUCCCGCGCGCCAACUCGCCGGGGCUCCUGCGCGCCAACUCGCCGGGGCACCCGCUAUCCUGCGCUCCACCUUACUGA